UGCUGGUGCAGCUCUUCCGUGGUGCGCAGUUAUAAAGUCCUGCAGAGAGCAGCAGUUAUACAUCAUCCACUCUGACAGCUGACAUGCCUCCUGUGAAGUUCGAGAGUCCAACCUGGUGGCUUGGCAUGAUAUUGUGUGUAUGUGUAGUUCCUACAGAUCAUGCCAAGCCUGUUGCCAACGAGAAGGCCAAGGAGUGUCUCGCCUCGGCGCUGAAGGGACUGGAGACAAUCGAACCUCUGGUCCGCUCCGUAGAAGAGACCCCCGAGCCGAUCUCCACUGACGUAAAAGGCACCAUUCCCUCUUGGAUCAAUGGAAACCUCCUUCGCAACGGCCCUGGAAAGUUCGAGUUUGGAAAUACGCAUUACAACCACUGGUUUGAUGGGAUGGCCAUGCUGCACCAGUUCAAGAUCACCAAAGGUCAGGUGACGUACAUGAGUCGCUUCCUGCACAGCGACGCCUACAAAAACAACAGUGAAAAGGACCGCAUCGUGAUAUCCGAAUUCGGUACCCUCGCCAUGCCAGACCCCUGUAAGAACUUCUUCCAGCGGUUCCUGUCUCGCUUUGAGAUGUUGGUGCCCACGGACAAUGCCAGUGUGAGCUUCGUGAAAUACAAGGGAGACUACUACGUCAGCACGGAGACUAAUUUCAUGCAUAGAGUGAACCCAGAGACCUUAGAAACAUUGGAAAAGGUAGACUGGAGCAAGUUCAUUGCUGUAAAUGGAGCCACUGCCCACCCACACUAUGAACCUGACGGUACCGCCUACAAUAUGGGCAACUCCUAUGGAAGUCACGGAUCCCUGUACAACAUCAUCAAAGUGCCUCCCAAGAAGACUGAUGGCAAAGACACCCUUCAAGGAGCCCAAGUACUCUGCUCUAUUGUGCCUGAAGACAAGUCCCAUCCCUCCUACUACCACAGCUUUGCCAUGUCUGAGAACUACGUGGUGUUCAUCGAGCAGCCAAUUAAGAUGGACCUGCUGAAGAUAGUCACGUGCAAGCUGAGGGGGAAGGCUCUGAGCGACGGCAUCUACUGGGAUCCUACUAAGGAGACCGUCUUCCAUCUCGUCGACAAGCGUACGGGCAAGGUGAGCCAAGUGAAGUACCACACCAAGGCCAUCUCCACCUACCAUCAGAUCAACGCCUUCGAGGAAGAUGGAUUCUUGAUGCUGGACAUGUGCUGCUCAGACGACGGCCAAGCCAUCAACAACUACCUCAUCCAGAACUUACGCAAGUCGGGAGAGGCAUUAGAUGAGGUAUACAACACCAUGUGCAGGGUGUUCCCUCGACGUUUCGUUCUGCCCCUUGACGUGACCAGUGAAACGCCACUAAACCAGAACCUGAACAAGCGGCCCUCCAGUGAGGCAACGUGUGUCAAAGUCAGCGAAAAUAAGGUGUUCUGCCAAAGCGAGGAUCUCCACGGAGAUGACCUCCACGAGUACGGCGGCCUGGAGUUCCCUCAGAUCAACUACGCGAAAUACAACACGCGACCAUACCGUUACUUCUACGGCUGUGGCUUCAGACACCUGGUGGGAGACUCUCUGCUCAAGAUGGACCUGAAGGACAAGAAGCUCAAGGUUUGGUACCAGAAGGGUACCUUCCCGUCAGAGCCGGCGUUUGUGCCGUCACCUAAUGCCGUGGACGAGGACGACGGCGUCAUCCUCUCUGUGGUUCUCACCCCCUCACAGGAUAAAGGAGCAUUCCUCCUGGUGUUGGAUGCAAAGACAUUUGAAGAGCUGGCAAGAGCCAGCGUGCCCGUCAACAUGGCUUAUGGCUUCCAUGGUACCUUCAGCGCCUCUGCAUGAAGCUGCUUCUGUCACAACCAAAGUGUUUCUGAAAUGAAUACGAUACCAAGAAUACCAAAUGCAAUAUUAGAACCACUAUAUUCCUGAUGGUACUGAGUUACUGCUGCACUUUAUGAAGAUAGAUGCAGCGUUCUGUUGCUACAUGUUGUGGUACUUUUCUAAACUGAUUUCUGGUUAGUAGUAACAUCCAACAGUAGAUGAUUGUAGUGUGAUUGGUCAACCGAACCAAACUCUUCGGACUCUGCUCCAGCUCCGCUCUAAGUAGCUUUGUUUGAGGGCGUGCCAAACUAGCCGCUAGGCAGGUAUCACGCAAAUGUGUUGCAUGGUGACAUCACCACGUUACAGAAGAAAAGGUAUGACUUCAAUCAAGGCGAUUCAGGCAGUUCAGGAGCAGUGUUUCUGUGGGAGAGAGUAAAGCCUGGUUUAUGGUCGCCGUAGUGAAGCCGGGCGCAAGGUGCGCCCGCCAGAAAAUUCCGCAAGUCGUCGUGGUGGUUUGUUGCGCAUCUCUGAAUUUUUGUAACUACAACAUGGACAUGGACGCCUUUGAGGGAAGGUUCACCUGCAUCUCUACAACGUUUCAUUGAGAGACCACAGGGACGUCAAAUGACAUUAAAUACGUAAUACAUAAAACAGGCAACACACUGGGGAAAGAAGAGGCUUUUUGCUUUGAAAGAAUAUGAGAGAUUGUUUUGUAAAAGCUAAAAUAAAAAAGGUUUCAUGGAAAGAGCGGCGACCCGAGGGGAAGCACCGAGAGACAGAAAGUCAUUUUGACUGGGAGGUAACCGACAGUACUAAUUACAGUACACAAAUGCAACAUCUGGCGGUACGUACGUCAGUGUUUAGUGUUUACUGCUGUUGCCAGGCAGCCUACUUUCAUUUCUGGUACCACUCGUUCACUUUUUGCUUUUUUUCACCUCUGUGCAUGCUCGUAGUGCGCACGCCAUCUAUGGAGGCUCGCGCCACGGUUUUCUCAAGCGAGUAUAAACCAGGCUUCACUCCCUUUGGCGUGGACUUUGGGCUUUGUAAUUUUGCAGACCUUUUUAAAUGCACAAAAAACUAUAUAACACACAGGUCCCCUUUAAUAAUAGUCCUUUUAUAUCAACCCAGAAACUGGUACUCAAGAGUGUAUUUUCAUUACUGUGAUUUUCAGGUUGCAUGAUGCUCCGACAACCGGACCAACUUUUGUUACUCGAACAAUGUUUUUCUACAGUUUGGAUGACUUUUAUACACUUUCUUUGCCAAUAAAAUUUGUACCUCCAU